GGAGGCCCUGACUAGCAUCUGCUAGGGAUCCUACCAGUGCACUAAUUUCAGGCACUGGGCCUCUUUAAAUAAGAGAAGCAUCUGAAAAUACCUAAAAUAAUGCCUGACACACAGAUUUUUUUCAGAAAACCAAGCUCUUUUAUAUCAUGUUGUCGUAAGUUUAUAGUAGCUCUUUAGCAGUUGCUUUAACCACAGUUAAACCUUUGAGGCUCACAACAAAUAGUUAUUUGUUAUUUUGCAGAGGCAUGGAUUUGAAUUGAGUGGUACACUGUAGCUAUGAGAGUUGGAGUUGGAUAUCUGGAGACUACUUACUGAGCUGGUUAUAUUUCACACUAUGUGCUGACUGUAUCUACAGAAACUAUUAAAAAAAGAUAAACUUUUUUCAAAGAUUUUGAUUCCAGUGGAAUCUUUGCUUUAGAUAGUGUGUGUGUGUGUGUGUGUGUGUGUGUGUGUGUGUGUGUGUGUGUGUGUGUGUGUUAGUGAAUUGUAACUCCAGAAGCAAUGCCUGUACAAGCUCCACAGUGGACGGAUUUCCUUUCCUGCCCGAUUUGCACUCAGACUUUCGACGAAACAAUUCGAAAGCCCAUCAGUUUGGGUUGUGGCCAUACUGUCUGCAAGAUGUGCCUGAAUAAACUCCACCGGAAGGCUUGCCCAUUUGACCAGACCACUAUCAAUACUGACAUUGAGCUCCUUCCCGUGAACUCAGCGUUGCUUCAGCUAGUGGGUGCUCAGGUCCCUGAGCAGCAGCCCGUUACAUUGUGUAGUGGGGUUGAAGAUACAAAGCAUUAUGACGAAGCCAGGAAAUGUGUAGAAGAAUUAGCAUUGUACCUGAAACCACUCAGCAGCGCUAGAGGAGUUGGUCUGAAUAGCACUACUCAGAGUGUUCUGAGUCGCCCAAUGCAGAGGAAGCUGGUGACUCUGGUCCACUGCCAAUUAGUGGAAGAAGAAGGCAGGAUUCGUGCCAUGCGAGCAGCUCGAUCGUUAGGUGAACGAACAGUUACAGAGCUCAUUCUCCAGCACCAGAAUCCUCAGCAACUCUCUUCUAAUCUUUGGGCAGCAGUCAGGGCUCGGGGCUGCCAGUUCCUUGGACCAGCAAUGCAGGAGGAAGCUCUGAAGUUGGUUCUCCUGGCUUUAGAAGAUGGUUCUGCUUUGUCAAGAAAAGUAUUGGUUCUCUUUGUGGUGCAAAGGUUAGAGCCACGGUUCCCUCAAGCCUCUAAAACUAGCAUUGGGCAUGUUGUCCAGCUCCUGUAUAGAGCCUCCUGCUUCAAGGUCACCAAACGUGAUGAAGAUUCCUCUUUGAUGCAACUGAAAGAAGAAUUCAGGACCUAUGAAGCUCUGCGGCGAGAGCAUGACUCCCAGAUAGUUCAGAUUGCUAUGGAAGCAGGCUUACGAAUCGCACCAGACCAGUGGUCCUCUUUGCUUUAUGGAGACCAGUCUCACAAAUCUCAUAUGCAGUCCAUUAUUGACAAGUUGCAGACUCCAGCCUCUUUUGCACAAAGUGUCCAGGAACUAACAAUUGCUCUCCAGCGGACUGGAGAUCCAGCAAAUUUGAACCGACUAAGACCCCAUUUGGAGCUAUUAGCAAACAUUGACCCUAGUCCAGAUGCUCCUCCUCCUACUUGGGAACAGCUAGAAAAUGGACUGGUUGCUGUGCGUACAGUGGUACAUGGGCUGGUUGAUUACAUCCAGAACCACAGCAAGAAAGGAGCAGAUCAACAGCAGCCUCCACAGCAUAGCAAAUAUAAAACAUACAUGUGUCGAGAUAUGAAGCAGAGAGGAGGAUGCCCUCGUGGGGCCAGCUGUACAUUUGCACACUCCCAGGAGGAACUGGAAAAAUUUCGUAAAAUGAACAAACGCCUGGGUCCCAGAAGACCCUUGAGUGCCUCUAUGGGUCAGCUUAAUGAGGUGGGCCUGCCUUCAGCAGCUAUCCUUCCUGACGAAGGUGCGGUCGAUCUGCCGAGCAGAAAACCCCCUUCUCUGCCCAAUGGGAUUGUGUCAGCAGGGAACACAGUAACUCAGCUGAUUCCACGAGGAACAGACCCCAACUACGAUUCUACUCUGAAACCAGGAAAGAUGGAUCAUCUGAGCAACAGUGCCCCUGGAUCCCCUCCUGACCUGCUAGAAUCUGUCCCCAAGAGUAUUCCACAUCCUGUACCUCCAAGGGGGCCAUCAGACCUGCCUCCCAUGCCUGUCACUAAACCAAUGCAGAUGGUACCGCGGGGUUCGCAGUUAUAUCCCGCCCAGCAGGCAGACGUGUAUUAUCAGGAUCCUCGAGGAGCCGCGCCACCAUUUGAACCAGCACCUUAUCAGCAGGGUGUGUACUACACUGCGCCACCGUGUGUGUCCCGCUUUGUCCGACCGCCACCAUCUGCUCCUGAGCCUGGUCCUCCCUACUUGGAUCAUUACCCACCCUACCUCCAAGAUCGUGUUGUAAACUCUCAAUAUGGCACACAGCCACAACAGUACCCACCUAUGUACCCACCACACUAUGAUGGCCGUCGAGUAUACCCUGCUCAAUCUUAUCCAAGAGAGGAGAUUUUCCGAGAAAGUCCUAUACCCAUUGAGAUUCCACCUGCAGCAGUACCAUCCUAUAUACCAGAAUCCAGAGAAAGAUACCAACAGGUGGAGGGUUACUAUCCAGUGGCUCCUCAUCCAACUCAGAUCAGACCUUCGUACAUCAGAGAGCCUCCUUAUAGCCGGCUUCCUCCUCCUCCCCAGCCCCACCCUAGUCUAGAUGAGCUACAUCGAAGACGAAAGGAAAUAAUGGCCCAACUAGAGGAAAGGAAGGUUAUCUCUCCACCUCCUUUUGCACCUUCACCAACAUUGCCACCUACCUUCCAUCAAGAGGAAUUAUUGGAUGAAGAAUUGAAGGUAGCUGGGAAAUAUAAAGGAAAUGAUUAUAGCCAAUACUCUCCCUGGUCAUGUGACACCAUCGGCUCCUACAUUGGAACCAAAGAUGCAAAACCCAAAGAUGCUGUGGCAGCAGGGAGUGUGGAAAUGAUGUAUGUGGAGAGUAAAGGAAUGAGAGACCAGCGGUUGGAUCAUCAGAGAAGAGCAACAGAAACCAGUGAUGAUGACCUCAUCCCAUUUGGAGACCGACCAACAGUAUCUCGGUUUGGUGCCAUCUCUCGAACUUCCAAAACAAUAUAUCAGGGUGCUGGCCCAAUGCAGGCUAUGGCACCUCAGGGAGCUCCCACAAAAUCUAUUAAUAUUUCAGAUUACAGUCCAUAUGGAACCCAUGGUGGCUGGGGAGGUUCUUCCUACUCACCUCAUCAAAACAUACCUUCUCAGGGACACUUCAGUGAAAGGGAGAGAAUAUCCAUGUCAGAAGUGGCCAGUCAUGGCAAACCCCUUCCAUCUGCUGACAGGGAACAGCUACGACUAGAAUUGCAGCAGCUAAACCAUCAAAUUAGCCAACAGACCCAGCUACGUGGACUAGAGGCUGUUAGUAACAGGCUGGUGUUGCAGAGGGAGGUGAAUACCCUGGCAGCUCAGUCACAGCCACCACCACCACCUCCAAAAUGGCCUGGAAUGAUCUCAAGUGAGCAGUUGAGCUUGGAACUGCACCAGGUGGAAAGGGAAAUCGGGAAGAGAACCCGGGAACUGAGUUUGGAGAACCAGUGUUCUCUGGAUAUGAAAAGCAAAUUGAAUACAAGUAAGCAAGCAGAAAAUGGACAACCAGAACCACAAGCUAAGGUUCCAACCGAGGAUCUUACAUUGACAUUCAGUGAUGUGCCGAAUGGGUCAGCCUUGACACAAGAGAAUAUCAGCCUCCUAUCAAACAAGACCAGCUCUCUGAACCUAUCGGAGGACCCUGAAGGAGGAGGAGACAACAAUGACUCCCAGAGAUCAGGAGUUACACCCAGUUCUGCUCCCUAAAAUAAGAGGAGUUCUGCUCCGAAUCAAUUUGUAGGACGUAGGGUAGCAGAACGAUAACUUCUAAACUUCUUUUCUGAGAGUGGUCAGAGAAGUCCAGGGAAAGCACCGGAGGCAAUGUGCACAAACACCACUACUAAAAACAAACCCUGCACAUAGAUCACAUUAAUGCAUUUUUUAAUUUAAAGAAAAAGAAAAUUAGCAGUAUCUGCAAGCAAUUCAGAUUAAAUUUGUUUUUGUUCUGUGAAUGAACUUUAUUUUAAUAACUUUGGACGCCUUGGAUCCAGGGCUUUAAAAAAAAGAAGAUAUUAUAUAUACACUCUGUUUGAUUAAUUGUAUGAUCUUAAUGAAGUAGGUUUUUCUUGUAUUUUGGUAUUAUUACAUACCCAGUGUAUAAUUCCUGCCUUGCAAUCCUUUCCCACUAUCACAACCCCAUAAAUUAAAACAGACAAAAAGCACCAGCCUUUCUGAGAAUCCUCUGGUGCCUGAUAAACAAAAAGACAGUAACAGACCAGUUAGAAAAUGUGCAGCAAAUCAAGGUUUCUGAGAGCUGUCAUUUGGAAGCCAUGAUUAUCCUUUCCUCUCUGGGUCACUGCCUUCAUGUGUUAAGUGUGUUUCCUAUGUUGUUCAAACGUAUUUUUGUUCAGGGGGGUUUCAUUUCUUGUUUUGUUUUUAACCUUUCAGAGAUAAUUGCCAGACAAGUUUUGAAGUCCUCAUGUCCAUGUCAUGGAACCCUUUCAUUCUCUUAACGUAAUCUGAAAGCAGAGCCAGUGUUCAGAUUGUUGGUUAGAUUUAUAUGGAGAUUAUUUUAAGAAUGAACUCUAAUUUGUCAGCACUGGAAAUACUUGGUUAGUGUAUAACCUACUUUGAGCUGACGGUUGGAAAUUUGGACCUGUGCUUUUCUAAAUUGAACUUCGGAUGAAAUCAGAGAAUGCUAAAAAACCACCACAGCACAAUCAACCAUGUUUUAAAACUGCAAUACUUGAAUUCAAGUUAAAAUGGACAGAGCCACAUUAUUUCACUGAAUUCUUUUAUUUUACCCUCAAAACCCAAAAAUAUAAAAUAAAAUCCCUAAAUACUGGUGCCCCUGGCUUUCAAAGGUUUGCCUGGAUCCUGGGAAUAGUUUCUGAAUUGAUCAGUUGUUGGUGUUCAGAAUCAUUAGCACAAGUAGGUAGAAGUACCUACAGGUUAAUUUCCAGAGACUUGGUUUUACAAUACUGAAAAGAUUCUUCAUGAAAAUGUUAAAAAGAAUAAAGAAGAAUUUGGUUAGUUCUGCUGCACAUAUUCUGAUGGCCCGUGUCUGUACUGAACUAAGACCCUAUAAACCAUGCUAGGUGGGGAUUAUUGGAUAUAGUCACUCUCCCCAUCCCUCUGUUUGCCUGAUUUGUUAUAAUUUCCCUUUCUGUAUUAUACUACUAAAACAGAAAGCACUGGUUAUGUAAUGUUACUGCAUUGCUUUGGUUGGGUAAAAGCAAGAGUUUGUAUUUUUCUUGUUUCUUAUUUUCUUAACCCUUAACUCCUGCUGAGGUCAUAACCUCAGUCUAAGCUCUGUGUCCAUCAUAAUAUUAACAAACAAAUUGGGGGGAGGGGGGUAAUUCAGUCCUGCCAUUGCCUACCAGUAGGAGAGUCCAAACAGAACACUCUUUUGAGUAGCGAUUAUUUAAUUUGCCCAGUCAAGGCACCAUGUUUAUAUACUAUUUCACAUUGAAUUUGAUUAUGCCCUACAGACCUGGCUGGUCAAGGAUUUGAUAUACACAUAUUGGCUUGGGAUUCGAGCUUUCUUUUUUAUUUAAAUAAAAAUUUAUAUAUAUUAUAUAUAUAUACAUAUAUACAUAGCUAUAUCUGUAUAUAUAUUGGGUAUGUUUUAAGGAUUUUUUCGCAUGAGCGCAGCUGUUGCGAUAAAAUGACUGAUUGGGAGGUAGAAGCACUGAAUGAAGAUGAGGCAUUUUUUUCAUUUGAAAUCCAUAUUCUUCUGUUUUGUUAAUAUACUUUUGUGCUUUUUUUGUUUUGCUUAAAACCCUCUUAUAUUUAUUCUUUAAGUGUUUAUUGUUUUUUUGGGAGAAGGAGAGAAACUGUGUGUCUGACAGAACCCCAAUACUUUUCAUUUUUCUAUAUAGACAACCAUAAAAGGCAACAUUCUUGGCCUGCAACCUUCUGUGGGCAGAAUUGGGCAGAUCUUCUCCUUUGGACAUGUUAACAUGUUCAAUUUGGAACUCAAAAUGAAACUUAAGGAUAUUGAUUUUGUUAAAGUUCAGAAUAAGUAAAAUUCCAUUGGGGUAUCUAUUACCAUGCCUGAUAGCUUCUGUUAUUCUGUGGCCUUCAAAUGCUCUCAUUCUAGCUAUCACCAUUUUGAUACUCCAAACUAGCCAGGAACGGAUUAAUUUAUACAGUGUUCCUUUUCUGAAUAAAACCAGGAAAGCCACUGUUUUGAAUUGAUUUAAAAUAGUUUUUCACUUUUUAAGGUAUAUUUAUUUGGGGGGGUAGGAAGAUCUCUUAAAUUGUAGCCUUAAUUCUUGCUGUACCUCUCUAAGGUCCCACACUCUUGAGGCAAGCUGGCUGCAUGGAAAGGCAGGGGAGUAGUAUAUUGUCCAUGUGCCUGUAGCCCACCUCCUGGAUAUUCUUAAAGCUUUCCUAGUGCUCACAAGCAGUGUUAGGAUAAAGCCUCAAAAUUUGGGGUUCUUUUUUCCUUUUCUCUGUGAUUUACUUUAUGAUACAUGAGCCUGUAAGGGAAAGUGGCAAAAGUGCUUGACUGUUUUAACGCCUAUUUUGGUCGAAAUCUGUGAAAGGCAUUGAUUUUUUCUAGCUUCUAAAAUUUAUGCCAUUAGAAAUAAGAGAUUAAACCUGUCAGAUAGGAAAUAAGUUUUUAUGCUUUCUACUUAUUAAAAUAUUAAUUUCUUCUGAAAAUGACUACUUGCUUUCACUGAAUUCAAAAUCAAGACUUGGACGUCUCAGAUUGGAACAAUUCUGAGAGGGCCAAGGUGGGAAUAAUAAGCACUGUGUUCACUCCUGUUCAAGUAAGACCAUAAUUUUAUAGCUAGAAAUAUAAAAGUACUUUGACUUAUUCUUCUUUUAAGGGGUCUCUGGAAAAGUGUAGAAGUACUGAAAAUAUGGAUUCAGAGAUAUGGAUUCAGUUUCUUGACUUAUGUGUAGCUCUUUUGCCUUACUGAUAGAUACUAUCACAAUGUAAGUCCAGUAGCUUGCCCUGUCUUGGCUAUUUUACAGAGGCUAACGUAACCAAAGAUCCAUUCCUUGUUACUUUUCUGAUCAAAAGUUAGUUAUAGCAGAGGUUUCUACUAACAUUAUUCAAAUGACAAGACACUAUUUCUAAUGCCAGCUACAAAUAUUCAGCUACUCAGAAUGUACACAAUUUAUCUGGUACAGCAUUAAUGUGGCUGAGUCCCUUCUCCCAUCCGUUCCCCUUCCCUUGCCUCACUGUUCCCAUGUAUUUAUCCUUUUGCUUUUUCUAAAAGACAUAAAAUUGGUAUGAUUCUUAUUUGCUAUCUUGAAUGUAUAACUUCAUCAGACCUUCAGAGUUGAAGCUCAAAGUUGUUUUUCUCUUUUAUUUUCUGGCCCUUUUCUAUCUUGCAAAUUCCCCUUGAUUUACCCACUGCCCUCCCCAAUCUGCAACAGUGACAGUUUGCUGCCUCAAAACAGAGCAUUCAAAUGAAUUCGCUUAGCCAAUAACUUCUGUGAAGUUGCCUUUUCUAAUGGUGUUAUUACUCAGUGAUGCACAAAUGUGGUAUUUGCCCUACUGGUAGGCAAACAAAGGUCUGGUUCAGAAUGGUAACCUGCUGGGGUGUUUUUGUUUUUCUUUUUUUUCUUUUUUUAAAGGAGAGCCAAAGACUUGUGCUUUACUCUGUUUUGGUUUGGGGAAAAUAGUAGCCAUUUUGAUUGUGUAACCUUUAAGUAUUUGUGAGUUGAUUGUACUGUGUAAGAUUUAUCUAAAGUUAACUGAUAAUGUUAGCUGGCCUUAUAAAAUGUAAAAGUAAUGAAAAUUCAUCAGUUUCUCUUUCAUCAGGGAAUAUCUUUAAUAAUAUUAUGUGUAAGUGGUCCCUUCCCUUCUUUUUGAGACUGUUUUGUCAUGAUAGCAUCUUGUGUAUUUUUGCUUUUUUUAACUUGUACCUAAAGAACAGUCUCCUAUCACUAUGGUUAAGUCAUGGGCUGGUGAGACAUAAUUAACUAUGGGCUGUAUAUGUCAGAUUAUCACAUUCCAAGAAAAAUAGGUUCUUUUCACUAAAGAGUAUGUGGUGGCUGUUUCAUGUAUAUAAAUGGUGAUGGGUGGAGGUCUUACCAUCCUUCUUCCACUUUGUUUUUGCUCAUUUUAAAGGAUUGAGUAAAGGUUUCAUACAUAAAAUCUAUCUGUAAAAAUCACCUGUAAUGAUUUAUAUAUCAUUAAAAGCAAAGGCCCGGUUACUUUUAAGGAAAAGUUAACCUGCCUGGAAAUUGCAGUGCUUGCUUAGAUUUUUACCUUAUUAGAGUCCAACUUUGUUUAUUUUUUAUUUGAUGUUACAUUAUUAUAGUGUUCUCUUCCUAAAAAAAUUGGCCUGUCCUUUUAGAGGAAAAUUAGAGCUCUUAAACUAAAACAGUCACUCAGCAUUCAGGAUUGGACAAGCAAGCAGUCUGCUGCUGUCGUCAUUUUACCCCUGUGCCUGUUUGCAGGUCCACAUUCUCCCUACCUUGGGCAGCUGUGAGUUUUAUAUUUAUUUGUUGUUUUAGCUCAGCUUUAUGAAAUUUUCCUGCUGAAAUGACUUAUUGGGAGUUGUAGGUGGGUUGCAGUUAAUAUAUAUAUUUUAAUUCUUCAUUUAACCUUUCUGAGUCACUUGAAAAAGCUGUUUUUGUCAAAAGGUACUAUUAAUUAUAGUAAAUACCAACUUAAGAUUUGUUUUUUAAGAUUGUUUUGACUGCUAAAGAUACUUCACAUGUGUUAGAGUAUAAUUGAGAAGUAAUACUAGUUAUGUUAAGAACAGGAAACUGCCACCACCAGGAAGAAGUAACACCUUCUACUAAUUGGGUGGAUUUUCAAUACUGCACUGAACCAGCUGGGUAAAGAGCCUUUUGAAAUCCUAUUGUGAUAUAGGUACUUACCUACCACUGGAAUCCUUGUUUUCAGAGCCUCUGAACUUUCAGACAAACACUGAAUUUCCCCUAAACUUUAUUCCUGAGCAAAACAUCCCUAGGAUAAUAACCUUUAUUUUCACAAGAAAAUAGGCACAAUAACCCAAGAGAGAGAACUUAAACCUCAAGACAGUAUUGUGUACAAAAAUGUAUAUUUAGAAAAACAAAAUCCUGUGGAGUUAGUAUAUUAUAUACAACAUAAGGUGAGUUAUUUUCUUGCAUUGAGGUCUCACUGUUUCUGGUUGGUUGGGGUUUUUUGUUUUGUUUUGUUUAACUCUAAGUAGACAGAGCUCACAAGUCUUUGGCAUCCAUUCCAGGUUGUACACUCAGAGAGUCAUCUUAUAACUGGAAACUGUCAGGUAGCCCCUUACUCCACCCCAGCUGGUGCAUGAAAGGAUGUAGAAAAUGAUGGAAAAAAACUAUUGGGUGAAUAAUUGGUUUUCUGGUUGUUUUGUUUUGCCUGAUUUUAAAAAAUCACUUCUUGCUAUCAUAUCUAAACCACCCUGUAAAAUAUUCCUCAAAUUUGAAGGCAGUUUAAACUUGUUUAUUAUUUUUACAUCCUCUGUUCAACUAAUACACAGCCCUGGGGACUACUUUUAACAGGUGUAUUGACUAAGUUUUCAUUGUCCCCUUUCUCCUUCUCUUCCCACCUUCUGGGAAUGAAAGAAAGUAUGGGGGAAAUUUUUCCCCCCAUUUUAUUCAUUGAUGCAUGGGCCUCAUUAUCUUACUUUAUGAUGAAUCUAUGACUUUUUGGAACAAGAACAGUGGAAAAGUAGAUUAAGAUAAUGGGCAAAACCUUUCACCCAUUUAACAUUUUCCAGUUGUGAGAUUCCUCUUCUUGUGUGUGGUCUCUUCCUUGUCACCCCAGCUGCCCUGUUCCCCUGACUAUGGUCAAUUUGGUCUUUAGGCUCAUACCAGUCUCCCCGAGACAUUCUGCAGUCAUUAUCACCUUUUUGGGUGGAUUUUAUUUUGUUUUAUUUUGUUUUUGUUUUUAAAAUAACUUUUUAACAUUGAUGCAUACUUGCUUGGGAUAGAGCUUGUGUAAUUUACCAAUCGUAUUGAUUGUAUGUGAUUGUGCCCUACAGAGGUAUAUUUAACAAGACAAAAUAAUCUAGGUCAAUAAAGGAGCCCAUGAGAUUUGAGUCAGAUUAUGAAUGAUUUCAUGAAAUCACAGUUUUGCAUAGUGAAAUUUAAAUUUCCUGUUAAAAAUCAUUGCUAGACUAAAUACUUUUUUUAAAAUCUUGUAUUCCUAUUAUAUUCCUAUUUUUUCCUUGCCUCUGCUCCCUAUUCUUUCUUGCCUGCCUCCACCACCUGUUCAGAAAUAAAAGUACUGAGCCUUAAAGUCAUAGCUGAUUUUUAAAUUGCUGAAGUUUAUGAAAUUUUACUUUUUCCAAGUAUUUCCAACUUAAAAAGAAAAAGUGAAGACAGAUGGACAAUGGGUUGUAAUUUCACAGGGUGUGAAUAAUUUCUUAGCAUUUGGCAAACUAAAGUCUUAUUUGAAGACUUUGUUUCCUGGAAGUCCUUUUGGAAUAAGGAAAAGAACCCCGUUUGAAAUGAACCAUUUUCCUCUCUUUAAAUCUGUUUAGAGUUCCAAUUUUUUUUCAAGUGAAGUGGAAAAAUAUAGUAGUAGGAAGAUAUUUGGGGCAGCAGAACUUGGGGUGCGAGUAAGGGUGUGUUCUGCUUGUCGCAGGCUUUUGAAAGGAUUAGGGCCAUCUUUUUCAAUUUAGUAUUAUUUGUGUGCAUGUUGUUUAUAUCAAAGAUGCCACAUUUUGUUAAAAUGCUAUUUCCUUCCUUUAUUACCUUGGAAACUGACUCAGCCUCAUGUUGCUUCUAAUUAGUGUUUAGGGCUCCCAUGAGUUGCAGAUAAAAGGAUCAUUUUAACAAGUAGAAGGAGGUGAUUCACCUUUUGGUUUGUAAAUAUAUGAAAGUGUCUACAAGGUCUUUAUCUGCUUUCUGUCAGCAUUUAUAUUAAAUGAUAAAUUAAUGAGAAA